AUGCGGGCCUGUUCGAUUCUACGCCGUCGCAUCCAUCCCUCGGCCUUCAUUUCCCAGCGCGCACAGAUCGUCUCCGACGGAUCGCGAUUCCAGUCCCAUUCAUUCGCGAGACUCUACUCCACAUAUCGACCCCAGCAACCGAGGGAGACCUCAUCUUUUUGGAUCGCAUCCACCCUCCUUACUAUCGGAGGAGGCGCCUGGAUCUAUCAGUAUCUCUAUCCUUCCGAGCUCCCACACCAGCCGCGACCCCGGCUGCCUCCGAACGGCCAAGACCCUUUCCUCAGCGUCAUUGAUACCCUCAAAACCAUGCCUGUCGAACCGGCCCCAGGCACCGUCGGGACUUUGACCCCGGAGCAGGAAGCCAAGCUACGCGAGUUCUGGAUUCUGGCCCUCAAGGUUUUCGGUGUCCCAAUCGACGGCUUGGAAGCCGAUCUCAAUGCCUCAAGUGAAGCCGCUCCGUCUAGCCCAGAGAAGAAGUCCAAGCGUCGCGGGUGGGGUUUGUUCAGCCGGAGUGGUGACGAAGAUGCCGACGACUCCAAAAGUGUGUCUUCUGCCAGUGGCGUUAACUCAAGCAUAGCGGCCAUUAGCAUCGCUGACGGCGAUGACAAGUACGGCCAGUCCAAGGAAUUCCAGCAGGCGCUGCAAGAUAUGAAGCCCGAGGAGAUUCGCACAGCUUUCUGGAACAUGGUGAAGCAUGAUCAUCCAGAUGCGCUGCUUCUGCGGUUCCUACGCGCUCGCAAAUGGGAUGUCAAAAAGGCUUUGGUCAUGCUGGUCUCCACUAUGCGCUGGCGCUUGCAGGAUAUGCAUGUUGACGACGACAUCAUGGCCAACGGCGAGGCAGCGGCUUUGAAGCAGUCUCAAAGCUCUGACCCUGUUGAGAAGAAAAAGGGCGAAGACUUCCUGUUUCAGUUGCGUAUGGGUAAGAGCUUCCUCCACGGUGUAGACAAAUCUGGUCGUCCCAUCUGCGUGGUUCGUGUCCGUCUGCACAAAGCAAAUGACCAGGAUGUUGAAAGUUUGGAGCGGUUCACUGUCUACACUAUUGAGACGGCCCGGUUGCUCUUGGCUUCUCCGGUUGAGACUGCGACUAUCAUUUUCGAUAUGACCGAUUUCGGCAUGUCCAACAUGGAUUACGCACCCGUUAAGUUCAUGAUCAAGUGCUUUGAAGCCAAUUAUCCCGAGUCCCUGGGAUCUGUCCUUAUCCACAAGGCGCCAUGGCUCUUCUCCAGUAUUUGGAGCGUUAUCAAAGGCUGGUUGGAUCCCGUCGUUGCCGCUAAGAUUCAUUUCACCAAGACCCGCCAGGACUUGGAAGCCAUUAUCCCCCCUGGUCAGAUCAUGAAAGAACUGGAAGGUGACGAAAACUGGGAAUAUAAGUAUCCCGAAGUCGAGGAGGGAGAGAACAAGCUGAUGGAGGAUACUGAAACUCGCGACAAGUUGCUCGCAGAGCGUCAGGAGCUCGCCAAGGAGAUCCAGAGCACCACCAUUGAAUGGAUUGGCGCCGCCGCCAAGAAGGAUUCCGGAGCUCUAUCUGCCGUCGAGGAGAAGCGCGCGGGUCUGGUCGAGAAACUGCGGAAGCAGUACUGGGAACUUGACCCGUAUAUCCGGAGUCGCUCCCUGUAUGAUCGCCUCAACAUUAUCCAGGGCCAAGGAAAGAUCGAGUUCUAUCCGGCUUCUGUGAAGGCGGACAUGGAGAAGGUUCGCUCUGGCACGGCCGAAUAA